AUGCGCCGUGUCGUCGUGACAGGCUUGGGCGCGGUGACUCCGCUAGGCGUAGGCCUGCGCCGAACAUGGAAGCGAUUGCUGGAUGGCCACUGCGGCAUCGUCAAUGUUACUGAUCGUGACGAACGCUUCAAGGAAGUCCCUUGUCAGAUUGCCGCUGUCGUGCCCAAAGGCAGUCGCAAGGAUGGGGGGUGGAUGGCGGAGGAGUGGUUGAGUCGAGGGGACGAACGCAAGAUGGCUCUUUUCGCGCAAUACGCCAUGGCUGCUACGGAAGAGGCCUUGGAAGAUGCUGGUUGGAAGCCGGAGCCUUUUGAGCAGCGAGAAGCGACGGGAGUCUGUCUAGGAUCCGGAAUCGGUAAUUUCGAGGAGAUCUAUAACACUGUCAUUGCAUACGACAAAGGAGGUUACAAAAAAGUCAGCCCCCUCUUCGUUCCCAAGCUGUUGAUUAACCUAGGUGCGGGCCAUAUAUCUAUGAAAUAUGGAUUCAUGGGCCCAAACCAUUCCGCAACAACAGCUUGCACCACCGGCGCACACUCCGUCGGCGACGCAGCCCGCUUCAUCGCCUGCGGAGACGCAGACGUGAUGGUAGCCGGAGGCGCCGAGUCAUGCAUCCACCCCCUCGCCAUUGGAGGAUUCGCCCGGGCCCGAAGUCUGGCGACUGAUUUUAACGAUAAUCCAGAGAAAGCAUCCAGACCCUUCGAUGCAGAUCGUAAAGGUUUCGUCGUUGGCGAGGGUGCCGCCGUGCUUAUUCUCGAGGAACUCGAACACGCCCGCGCCCGUGGCGCAAGAAUCUACGCCGAAGUCAAAGGCUACGGCUGUUCCAGCGACUCGCACCACAUGACAGCUCCCAAAGAAAACGGCGAAGGCGCAUACAUGGCGAUGAAGAAAGCGCUCAAACAAGCCCAACUCCCACCCUCCGCGGUAGAUUAUGUCAAUGCGCACGCAACUUCUACGAUCGUGGGCGAUGCUGCUGAGAACGCCGCUAUCAAGUCGCUUCUCCUUGGCCCGGGUGGUAAAGAGAAGGCGGAGAAUGUGAAUAUUAGCAGUACCAAGGGUGCUGUGGGGCAUCUUCUCGGUGGCGCUGGCGCUAUCGAGGCUGCUUUUAGUGUGCUUGCUAUUCAAGAUAAUGUUAUGCCGCCUACUAUCAACCUGGAUCGAUUAGCGAGUGGGUUUGACUGCAAUUAUGCGGCUAAUGAGGCUCAGUCGAGGAAGAUUGAUGUGGUUUUGACGAAUAGUUUUGGGUUUGGGGGGACUAAUAGUAGCUUGUGCUUUGUUCGGCACGAUUGA